AAGAACUAAUAAAUGCUCCCGAGCCCGGAUCCCCGCACUCGGUGUCACCACAGGAGGAGACUCAGGCAGGCCGCGCUCCCUCCUCACCAGGCUCCCCGGCUCGCCGUGGCUCUCUGAGCCCCCUUUUCAGGGACCCCAGUCGCUGGAACAUUUGCCCAGACUCGUACCAAACUUUUCCGCCCUGGGCUCGGGAUCCUGGACUCCGGGGCCUCCCCGUCCUGCCCCUUCCCGGGUUCCAGCUCCGGCCUCUGGACUAGGAACCGACAGCCCCCCUCCCCGCGUCCCUCCCUCUCUCUCCAGCCGUUUUGGGGAGGGGCUCUCCACUCUCCGGAUAGUUCCCGAAGGUCACCCGCGCCGCACUCGCCUUUCCGUUUCGCCUUCACCUGGAUAUAAUUUCCGAGCGAAGCUGCCCCCAGGAUGACCACGCUGGCCGGUGCUGUGCCCAGGAUGAUGCGGCCGGGCCCGGGGCAGAACUACCCGCGCAGCGGGUUCCCGCUGGAAGUGUCCACUCCCCUCGGCCAGGGUCGCGUCAACCAGCUCGGCGGCGUUUUUAUCAACGGCAGGCCGCUGCCCAACCACAUCCGCCACAAGAUCGUGGAGAUGGCCCAUCACGGCAUCCGGCCCUGCGUCAUCUCGCGCCAAUUGCGCGUGUCCCACGGCUGCGUCUCCAAGAUCCUGUGCAGGUACCAGGAGACCGGCUCCAUACGUCCGGGUGCCAUCGGCGGCAGCAAGCCCAAGGUGACAACGCCUGACGUGGAGAAGAAAAUUGAGGAAUACAAAAGAGAGAACCCGGGCAUGUUCAGCUGGGAAAUCCGAGACAAAUUACUCAAGGACGCGGUCUGUGAUCGAAACACCGUGCCCUCAGUGAGUUCCAUCAGCCGCAUCCUGAGGAGUAAAUUCGGGAAAGGUGAAGAGGAGGAGGCCGACUUGGAGAGGAAGGAGGCAGAGGAAAGCGAGAAGAAGGCCAAACACAGCAUCGACGGCAUCCUGAGCGAGCGAGCCUCAGCACCCCAAUCAGAUGAAGGCUCUGAUAUUGACUCUGAACCAGAUUUACCACUAAAGAGGAAACAGCGCAGAAGCCGAACCACCUUCACAGCAGAACAGCUGGAGGAACUGGAGCGUGCGUUUGAGAGAACUCAUUACCCUGACAUUUAUACUAGGGAGGAACUGGCCCAGAGGGCGAAGCUCACCGAGGCCCGAGUACAGGUCUGGUUUAGCAACCGCCGUGCAAGAUGGAGGAAGCAAGCUGGAGCCAAUCAACUGAUGGCUUUCAACCAUCUCAUUCCCGGGGGUUUCCCUCCCACUGCCAUGCCGACCUUGCCAACGUACCAGCUGUCGGAGACCUCUUACCAGCCUACAUCUAUUCCACAAGCCGUGUCAGAUCCCAGCAGCACCGUUCACAGACCUCAACCGCUUCCUCCAAGCACUGUACACCAAAGCACGAUUCCUUCCAACCCAGACAGCAGCUCUGCCUACUGCCUCCCCAGCACCAGGCAUGGAUUUUCCAGCUAUACAGACAGCUUUGUGCCUCCGUCGGGGCCCUCCAACCCCAUGAACCCCACCAUUGGCAAUGGCCUCUCACCUCAGGUAAUGGGACUCCUGACCAACCACGGUGGGGUACCUCAUCAGCCCCAGACUGAUUAUGCGCUCUCCCCUCUCACCGGGGGUCUGGAACCUACCACCACGGUGUCGGCCAGCUGCAGUCAGAGACUAGACCAUAUGAAGAGCUUGGACAGUCUGCCAACAUCUCAGUCCUACUGUCCACCCACCUAUAGCACCACAGGCUACAGUAUGGACCCUGUCACAGGCUACCAAUAUGGGCAGUAUGGACAAAGUGCCUUUCAUUAUCUCAAGCCAGAUAUCGCAUAAGUGAACUGUCCACUUGGAGCUAAAACUGGCCCUGUUUCUGGUCUUCACAGCCUAGACAUGAAGAAUCUGCUCAGAAAAUAAAAAAUUACCCUUUUGCUGGGUGGGGUGGUCCCAAUAGGAGACAAAGGAGAGUGAUUGAUUUUCUUCCUCCAAUAGUUGGUUUCAAAUUCUUUUGAACACGUUCGACAAAAGCAGUGGAGAAGAGGAAGACCUGGAGCAAUAAAAGACAAAUGCAACAUUUUAAGGCAAUGGUUUCACAUGGUUACAUAGCAAAACAUCCCAGUUCUUUAGUGCUGAUCAUCGAGGAGCUAGAACAUUCCAUUUGCUUGUGUGUGUGUGUGCGUGUGUGUGUGUGUGUGUGUGUGUGUGUGUGUGUGUGUAUUGAGAUUUACCCAGACUGGUUUGGGCAAGCAGACUGUUCUAAAAUACAAUAGAAUACUCAAGUAUAACAUGUCGAUGUUCGAUGCUGAUACUUCUACAACUUUAAAACUGCUCACUUCAUGAAGCAAGAAUGGAGGAAUCCUUGACUCUUACACACUGGAAAUUGAAAUAAAAAUAAAUGCAACCAUUUUUAGGAAGCUAGACUAGCUGUAAAGGAUCUCCUGAAUAAAUUAUUUGUUACUGUAUCCUCAUUUGUAAUCUAGUUGUCAAUAAAUGUCCCGGACACGUCUUGCUAACAGGAUAUGGGCUACCAGGAAGAAGGACUUGUUUCCCUUUCCUGUGUGGGGAGAGGUGUGUGACGUUUUUCCAGUUCACAUUUAUUUGGUAGCCCACCUGGUUUGGAGGAAGGGCACGGUGGAGAGAAAGUGACAUGCAUUCACAUAUCUGCUUAUCAGUGUGCAAUACUGUGUACCUCAUGGAUGCUUUGGCAAUGCCCAAGGCAAUAUAAACAAAAUCAGAAGUAUAUUUUUGCAGGUGCUUUUAUUUUCACAGCCCAUCAUUCAUAGUGAUAGAGUGCAGUGAUGUUUGCCAUUUGCUGGACAACCAACACCCGGGUUGCUCCUUUGAUUAGAGACCAGAUCAGAUAAUUAUGCUUUUAAACUGCUUACGUUUACAUUCUUCUCUUUUCUAUGAAAGGCAGGGCAAGAACAGAAAUGUUCACAUGGCUCUCAUGUACUUUUAAAUUAUACAAUGAUAUCCAAUAUUAAAAGAUUAUAGGAACUGAGGUUUACAUACGUUUGUUUGGUGACAUUUUAGAAUGUCAAUAAAUUUGCUUUUUGAGAUGUUGAGAGGAACAAGAAGGUGGAAGGCAGUGUUAUUUAUUUCUUUCUAUUCUUGGAACCAUGAAUGAGGUAGGCACAAAUACAUUCCUUUUAGAGUUAAGAACUAUGAUGUAGCGAGUUAGUGAGACUAGACAUAGUACCGAAUUUAGUUCAUGCAUUGGUCUUAGAGGGUGAUGGAACAAGAGAAGUACUAUCUUUGUGUUGCAGCCUCAACCAACAACAAUGUGUUGUAAAAAUGUCUUUCAUGUAAAAAGUGCAGUAAAUAUUUACUAUUUAUAAUGAAUAAACAGUUAUGAAAACU